GCUCGGUCCCGGCGCGCGCUGCGGGGAGGCGCCGGAAGUGGGCGUCUCGGUGUCCCGGCAGCUCCCGGAAGCGGAACGAACGGUCACGGUCACCAUGGCGGCGGCGGCGGCGCGCGGGGCUCUGGGGCUGCUGCUGCUGCUGACGCUGACGGCGGCGCUGCUGCUCGGCGGCCCCCUGAACUCCGCUGCGGCAGCCAGAAGCUCUCAAGAAUCCGACAACAGCAAGACGCGUGACAAGAGCGAGGGGAACAAGACACGUGACGGGACCAAGUCGCCCGGGGAGCAGGGGACCAAGGCACCUGACGGGACCAAGGCGCCCGGGGAGCAGGGGACCAAGGCACCUGACGGGACCAAGGCGCCCGGGGAGCAGGGGACCAAGGCACCUGACGGGACCAAGGCGCCCGGGGAGCAGGGGACCAAGGCACCUGACGGGACCAAGGCGCCCGGGGAGCAGGGGACCAAGGCACCUGACGGGACCAAGGCACCUGACGGGACCAAGGCGCCCGGGGAGCAGGGGACCAAGGCACCUGACGGGACCAAGGCGCCCGGGGAGCAGGGGACCAAGGCACCUGACCAGGCACCCGGCGGCCAGGGUGCCCAGGUUGCUGAGGGGAAGGCAGAUGGCGGCGGCACUAGCGAUGAGACUGUUGAUGAAAAGGUGGCCCCCGGCAGCCACUCUGGUGACGAGAAGAUGGAUGAAGCUGCUGAACCUGGUGAGGGGAGAGAGGAAAGUGCCCCUGCUGCUCCCCCCAAAGAUGAAUCCGAGAGUAGCCACUUCUUUGCCUACCUGGUGACCGCAGCCAUUAUCGUCGCUGCCUUGUACAUCGCUUAUCACAAUAAACGGAAGAUCAUUGCUUUUGCUCUGGAAGGAAAACGAUCAAAAGUACCCCGGCGGCCCAAAUCAAAUGAAUAUCAGAGACUGGAUCAAAAGAUCUAAAUUAUCCCCAGAAAUUCCCCACACUGCUGACUCGGGUAAGGACUGCUGAAAAUGAAGAUGCAAGGAAGUCCUGUGAUUCUCAACAGAACAGCUCUGAUUCCCUUCAGGUCUUGGAGUGUGGGAAGAAGAGAAGUGCUUUUAGUUUUGCACCUGCACUUUGGUAACACUAACUCCUCAGUCUCUAAAUAUUUUUUCCCCUUCCCAGCUGCCUGAUGAUGAACUAGUUUCCAGCUCUGGUCUCUUGCUUCCAUACUGUGAUGUCAGGAAAGCCAAGGGAAGACCCAACAAGUGGCAGAAUUUUUUUGUGCCCAAACGAUAUGGAUUUUACCUUCUGCUGUAUUGACACACAGGUCUCUGUUUAGGAGAGACCUGCCUGCUGAAUGAGCCUUCUGAUUCUCUUCCUCUAGAUUCAUGGAGCAGUCUUUAUAACCAACAUGGUUGGUCUUGUAGCUGACAUAUGAACAUUAUCCUCUUCUGUCCAUUGUAUUUGGACUCUAAAGUUCACAGCAUGUUUGUUUGCACUAGUUCAGAAAUGUUUUUGCCAAGGACUUUUAUUUGAUUGCUUCUUUGUUCUCUGUGAUGAAGACAAUGGUGGAAGUUAACAUCUGAUUGUCUCUUAAUGCACAUCUUUGGAGAUGUGUGUGGAAUUAGCAAUCCCUGACCCUUUGAUUUUUGCUUGUCCACCUUAAAUGUGCUAGCAGAUUUCCUGGUGGACUGUUUUUCCUGAUGUCAUCCCCGGUGUUCAGGUGAUUGCACUAACGGUGAUGAAAUAUUUAGAGAGUGGAUGCUGUGAAAGAAUGCAAGGAGUGUAUAUGAAGCUCUGUGCCAAGCCUCCAUGGCAAAGUCUAAAUGAACUUUGCCUCUGUAAACCUUCCCACCUCCCCCAUAGUGCUGUCACAGGAACAUGGCAAUGUUCAGGUCGAAGAAAACAGCGUCACCAGUUGUAGUUCAUACCCCCUUCCCACAAGUCUGUUCUUCCACCCCUAAAUUUCCAACAUAGCUGAUUCUCUUCAGUACUGAAUGGACUCUCCCGCUGAUAGAGGUCAGAUCCAUUGUACUUGCAUAGGUUGGACUUACAAGUGUCAAUUCCCACUUUGUCUGGGGGGGGGGGGGGUGUCCAUUUUUUUAUCCUUUAUCAAAGUGCGGAGAGAGUAUUUGAGAGUGGAAAUAGGGCAAGGACGGCUGGUGACUUGGUGCAUUGGACAGAUGAUGGCAGUAUUUCAUGCCUGUGUUGCGUAACAGCAGUAUGGCUCCCUUAAGCAGGCAGCUUCGAAACAGAUGUCUUUACAAGGCAUUGAUUUGCACAAUGUGGAGAGCUGUGCAAUAUGGGCUCUGGCCUAUGUCAUUCAUUCCUCAAAUUGGGAGUGCUGUUAUGCCAUUGUGCACGGCAGCUCCCAUGCAGAGCCCAUGAGAGAGGCUUGUUGGGUUAGUACAGAAAUAUUUCCUCCAAAGUAAAUGGCAGAUUGAAAAUAUAUAGAAAGGGAUUUGUUCGAUGUAACAGAAUAUCUUCCUGCAGAGUCAUCUACAGGAUGUCCCCUCUCCUCUUCCUUUGGCCUUGGCCUUCCUCAGCUCUGAGCUGUGCUUUUAUUUAGUUGAACGUACUUAUAACCAGCCACUCCAUGCAGAGCUGUUACCUCAAUGUUGUUGUGGAACUCUUAGAUUCCUUGUCUGCAUAAACCAGGGGCUGAUGUAUUCUGGUAUUGCUUAUAUUUCUGAUAUAAGGCUGGGAAAAAGUGUUGAAUGAGGCCCACUAUGUAUUCCUGUCUUUAUUUUCAUAGUUAUAUUCCACAAGGUCUUUACGUUUGAGACCAGGAAUGUUUGGGAAAUCUGUAUAUGGUGGCUGGCUGGCUUGUUCUUUUGUCUGUGGCUGUUUUCUUUAUUUCUCGGAUCUGAGUUUUACAAAAAUAUUGCUGACACACACACCUGCAUAGGAGGAAACUUAGAAUACAUAUCUAAGCCUGGAUGUGAAAAGCUACAUCCUCAUUUUCAAUGCACUUGUCAGCUGAUUGAGGCACAGGGAAGAACCUGGCCUCCAUCUUGGGCAAGUUGCUGGUUAGUAGUUGGAUUACUUCUCUUGGCAUGUUCCAAAAAUGGUUGAUGAGGCAAACCUGCCCCGGUCUCUUCCUCCUUGGUGUCUGCAGCGUUUGGUGACCUGCAGUAACACUAAGAGACUGCAGUAAUAUUUAAGACAGCAUCUGGGCUAAGAAAUCUCCACAUCUGGACAUUAAAGCCAUGGCUGAUAUUUUCAGAGUUUCGUUUUCCACAUAGGCGGGAGAGGGAUGUGUAUGCAGAGCUUAACUUAUUUAAAAAAGAAAACCAAAGCAACUUACUUUUACUGAAAGACAUUAGCCUCAGUGUAUGUUUGAUUGGGGGGGGGGGAAUCAUAUAUUUGUUUAAAUCUAUUUAGAAGCUGCCCCUAAGAAAGAUGACUUUUCUGAACUCUGAUAUGGGAGAUCCUCACAGGAGCCAUUUUUGGGAGUGGGGGGGAGCAUCCUGCUCUCAGGAGGAUAAACAGGUCCAGGUCUCUGAAGGAAAUGCACCUUCUCAAAGACAGGGAACUUGUGUGCAACAUAACUGUGCUAUUUAUUUUUAAGAUAACAUAUAACAUGUUUUAGGAAGCCUGUGAUGCUGUGUUCUAUGGCCCAUUUAUUUAAGGGGUGCAGAAUUUGAGGCUGCGAUUUCACGUGUGUUUAUGAUAGAGGCAAAAACUUGAAGACAUGAUAAAUGUUGCAAUUCUUAGCCACAUCUUCCUGCUUUCCUGGGAAUUCCUGUUUUUAUUUUUUACCUGCUUUGUCCCCCUUUGAAUCAGAAAACAUUUUGGAAGGAUUUGUACCAAACCUGUUUAUUUUGUCACGGAGUCUGGAGGCUUCCUUACUUCAGUCUCUUCAACUGACUGUUUUAUUUUAAUCUGAAAAUCUUUCUGCUUUGUUUUGGAAACUCAGCCUCAUAAAUGUUCCUGCAGGCAUGGACUAAUGAGGAACCCUGUUAGAGCUAGGGCCCUUCUGUCUAUGUACUGUUAGCAGUACAGUCUGGUAUGUGCAGAGAGAACUAAGAUACAGGGAUAGUUCCUACGCUUCUGUCAGACUAACAAGAAUAUCCAUAGCUUGUGUGUAGGAGCAUUUUCCAGUUAUCUGUAGUUUGCCAUGUGACUGGCGUGUGGGCUGGCUCAACAGAAAUGCAUAGCACACAGUAAGUGCAAACUUCACAGGGUAGUAAAGACACCACAUGUGGCCGGGAACAACCAAUAUUUAUAUGACAGCUCUUAACACGGAUCUGUGCAGCUACUGUGCUGUUCAUACCCAUAGAAGCAGCUCUUCAAAUGCAGUGUAGCUCUGUACAUUUCCAAGCUAUCGGUGAAGGAUUCACACGUAGUCCCCUCCUGCUAUCCUCUUAAUUCGAGCGUGGACUAUUUCUAGUGACAGUUGCUGUAAUUCUUGAAUUGUACGAAAUCUCUAGGAAUGGUCUCCAUGUUUCAUUGAUUUCUGUGGUAUUAAACUUGAUGUAGGAUAUUCUACAAGUCUCAAACAGGUAAAGGUCCGAACAGUUUUGGCUGUGUUCAGAUAUGGCAUAAACUUCAAACUAACAGUCUGCUGAAUACAUUUCUUGCCAAAUGUCAUUAGUCUCCUAGGUCAGCUACUUUCCUGGGCUGACUUCAUGAGUUGUUCGGGUUCUGCUGCGGUAAAAUGAGACUCGCUUUGAAGAAUCAGAAUUUUCUAAUCCUUUGUACUUUUCUGUGUGGUGAAGUCAAUAAAUGGACACAAUAAAGAAAUGUAAUUUCA